AGCAUGAUUAAAAUGCAGAUCCAUGUCCUUAAUUUACAUACAUCCUUGCUCUGAACCGAAGCAAAAUAGCACAGCCACUUUUGGCUUCAGAACUGGUGUUACCAGGUGGGCCUUGAGAUCUUGGACCAUGACCCGCAUUUCCGCACAGAGGACAUGCUCGGGCAGGACGGGCUUCAUCUCUCUCCAAAAGGCUGUUGUGGAUCACCACGGUGUCUUCACCAAUAUCAGUAUCAGCUGGGCUGGCAGCUCCCACAAUGCCCACAUCUUUUGCAACUCCACUCUGCUGGCCCUGAUGAAGAGCGGGUGUUUCGCACCAGGUGUGCCAGACCUCCAGCUUAGCAAGGUGACAAUCCCACCCCUCCUCAUCCGGGACUCUGCCUACCUACUGCUUCCCUGGUUCAUGCAGCUGUACGCUGGCCAGCUGGACUCCCACCAGACACAUUUCAACAGGUGUCUGGGCUGCACCUGCAUGUUGGUGGAGUGCACCUUUGGCCGCCUGAAGGGACACUGUUGCACCCUCACCGCCUGCUUCAAGGUCGUGGAGGCCAACAUCCUGUGGGUAGUUGUCACAGACUGUGUGCUGCAUAAAAUUUGUGAGGUCUGUGGACAGUUUUCUGGAAAUCUUUAUUUCCCUCCACAAACACAGACCUUCUCCCACUCUCCCACCUUCCCUCCCCAAACACAGAUCCCCACCACCUUCCAACCACCCCACCCACCACCAAUAAAGCACCCUCUUCCUCGUGCAAACUGUACAUAUUGUGCUCCGUGUGCCUUCCUGGGGUGA